AUGGCAGCCACUCAAAAUCAGCCACCUUCACCGGACCUCUCGCCAACUCUCGCCCUCGGUUCCUGCCCCGAGCUCUCCCGCUGCGUCUCAACCGCCUCGUCCCUCUCCCACGGCUCCGUUACCGAGGACAGCUCGCGGGAAUCUCUUGGCAGCGGCCUCAACACCUCCCGCCAUUCGUCCGGCUCCUACCACUCCCGCCGAUCCGAUGCUUCCCACGUUUCUCGACGCUCCACGCACUCGGCCGACUCCAAGACGCGUCGACGUGGCUACAUGAGGCCGCAGGCCACCGAUUUCGCUGCCAGCGCCAGAUCCCGCGAGAGCGUCAUGAGCCUCGGAAGCAUUGCGCAUCUGCAGUACUACUUUGCCCGCACCGGCUUGCUUGACGGCAAAGGCGCUCAGCUGGCUCGCAAGAAGCAGCCCAAGAUCACACUCGAUCUCUCCGCUCUCGACGGCUCGGCAGACACUACCGGAAUUUCAGCCUCGGAUUUUGAUUCUUCAUACGCCUCCAUGGGCAGCAGCCCCGACCUAGCCUCGCAUGGCGGCUUCGCAGCCGCUACCAUAACCCAGUCUCCCGUAAAGGAGGAGGAAGACUACUACGACGAAGACAGCUUCACCGAGUCGGAAUCCGGAAUGCUUCCCCCUACUGUUAGCACAUAUCAUCAUAGAGAGACGCCCAUCCCGAGGCCGCCGACCAUAAUGGAACUCAAGGCAGAGCUGGAGGCGACCCUUCGUGAUGCCCAAAAGGCCCUCAAAGAGGCCGAAGCGAGGAAGGCUGGCGCGUAUCUCGCAACCUGCGACGAGCCCGCGCUGCCCAACAUGCCCGAGGAAAACUCCCAAGGCUGGUAUGAACUCCAAGGAAUGCACAUUCUCGACGUUGUCACCCUCGCUAUCCGCGCCGCCAAGAUGUACUACACGGCGCACGAGCAGCCUGACCGCCUCGACUCUAUCAAGUCGGAGAAGCAGGUUCGAUCCGACCUACUCGCUGUCAUGGAGGUCUUGAAGCAGAUGGCCAUCCGUGGUUUCAAGGGAGGCAUGAAGGACGACGACACCAAGACCAUGCUCGCCUGGACCGACAGUGUCUUCGACAUUCUUCACAAGGAAGAGGCCAUGGAGGCAGCUGAAGCAGCCGAACGUUCCAGCUGGACCUGGAUGAGGGCCGACGACUGGUCCGGCCGCAAGCUUGCCCGCGAGAGUGCCUUUCUCACCUCGAUGGAUCCCGAGGCCGCCGCCGCCCUCCCCGUGUGGACGCCGGCUGUGGACGCGUCGACCUUGCCCACACCAUUCCUCGCCGCCAUGCAGAACGGGCUCCGUCUCGUGCGGCUGCACAACGCCGCCGUCCACAAAUCGAAGCGCCGCUUUGGUGCCAUUCCCUCGUUCCACACGGACACGCAGAAGCCGUAUCGCUGCGCCGAUAACCUACGCUACUGGGUCAAGGCCGCCGAGCUGCGCUUCGAGGUGGUCCUCGCCGUCGACGCGCUGGGCGUGGCCUACGGCACGGAUCGCCAGGCCUGGCUCGGCUUCGAAGCGGCCAUCCUGAAGUGGUGCCAGCACGUUCGUGAGGAGAUUACCAACGAGCUCAGGAAGUGA